AGCUCCCUCUCCCCUCUCUCUCUCUCUCCUCUCUCUCCCUCUCUCUCUUUUCUCCUCUCCCUCAUUCAAGGUUCAGUUAUCGCAGUCUUGUAUGUUAGUCCCGUGAGUAGUAGAGGAGUUGAUGAUGCGUGGGAGUUAGGGGUAGUUAGUGGACCUAAUCAGAUCGUCACACUCGGAAUAAUCAAACUCAGGCUGAAGGAUCUAAAGAGGGAGGAAUCAAGGAAACAAGGAAGGCAGGGUCGCAGCAGUCAUGAUGGUUCCUCGGCGUGGCUCAGGUGGGAGCUGCCUGAACAGACAACUUGCUGAGAGCGUGGGUCAUCAGAAGAAGUCGUUCUUCUUGCACUCCUGGUUCCGGUUCCUGCUCCUGCUCUGUCUGGUGCUCUUCGUCUUCUGUUACACUAGGUCCGGACCCUCGCAGGAAUGGUGGGACGGCUUUCUACUCCAUGAGCACUACCAUAGGAUGUUCAGUCUAUCUUCUCCUAAACGUGUCCAUCCCAAACCAAAAACAAUUACACAAAAUGAAAUCUAUGAAACCACAGAACUCCCUACUUACGUACCACCUACUGAGCCUCCUACUGUGCCUCCUACUGAGCCUCCUACUCCCAUUGUGCCUCCUACUGUGCCUCCUACUCCUACUGAGCCUCCUACUCCCAUUGUGCCUCCUACUGUGCCUCCUACUCCUACUGUGCCUCCCACUCCCAAGGUGCCUCUUACUGUGCCUCCUACUCCCACGGUGCCUCCUUCUCCUACUGUGUCUCCUACUGUGCCUCCUACUGUGCCUCCUACUCCUACUGUGCCUCCUGCAGGCGCUCAGCUCCAUCACGCCCACCCACACAACUACCACUUUAUUAUGGAUAACAAAGAGGUGUGCAAGACCAAGCCCCCUUUCCUGGUCCUGAUGGUUCCAGUUGCACCAGGAAACGUGGCAGCUCGGAACGCCAUCCGGCAGACGUGGGGCAACGUCAGCCUGAUCCAGGGCGACGUGGUGCUCACUCUGUUCAUGCUGGGCCUCUCUGGAGGAGCUGGUGUGGAGCAGCAGCAGGAGAAGCUCAAACAGGAGAAUCUACAGCACCACGACUUGAUCCAGAGUGACUUCAUGGACACUUACCUCAAUCUGACCACCAAAACCAUGGUGAUCAUGGACUGGCUGGCCACACGCUGCCCUACAGCAGCAUACGCCAUGAAGGUUGACUCGGAUAUGUUCCUGAACAUUGACAAUUUGGUGAUAAUGCUGCAGAAGCCAGGCAUCCCCAAGCAGAAUUACCUGACUGGGAUGCUUAUGUGGAACAGGCCGGUCGUCCGUACAAAGAGCUCCAAGUGGUACGUCUCUGAGGAGUUGUACCCAGAUCCCCGAUACCCGACCUACACCCUAGGCAUGGGAUAUAUCUUCUCCAACGAUCUACCAGAGAAAUUUGUGGAGGUCUCAAAGUCAAUCAAACCCUUUAACAUAGAGGACGCUUAUAUUGGGAUGUGCAUGAAACAGCUAGGACUUGCACCCACAUCGCCGCCAAAUCCCUCCCAGUUCAAGGCCUAUAACAGAAGAUAUGAUCGCUGUGAAUACUCCAAGAUCAUCACCUACAUUCUCGGGACUUCACAAGAGUUGGUGAAAUACUGGACAGACUUGAAGAAGCCUGGACCACCUUGUUAGGACAAUGAGCACUACAGAUGCACUGAGAAAUCACUUGGGUGGAAGGGAAUUGGAAGGUUAAUUUAUUUAUUUAUAGAUUUCUACUGUACCGGUCUGUGAUUCUCACGCCAUCCCCAGUUCAGAAAUGAGUAUUGGGAUCACCAAUGUGGAAAAGUUACAGAGGUUUCUGAACAACUGCUUUACAGAGAUGUUCAAGAGAAACCCUAUUUUUGUACUUUUGUGUAUUUAAAACUGCUUUGUUGGGUUGCAAACAAAAUAUAUGAAGGGAAUGUUUAUCCGUACUGAUAGUAGAAAUGUGAAUGAGUGGAAUUAAAGGUGCCCUGAGGAGCUUUUGACCACUAGCGGUGUUGUAAAGCAGUGCAAUAAUGCAACAAAUGGAGUUUAAAAAAAAAAAAAGUCUUAUCAACUAUUAAGAGGUAGGAAAAGCUUUAAAAGUAUUUUAUACAUUCAGGGUACACAACAUGUUGAACUCAACGGUCUCCGUUUACAAAGGGAACCUCAAGGAUACAAGCCAUUGACCACCUGCAGAAAGGUGUAAAAGUUAUUAUUUAUAAAGUCCAGGUCCAUUAUUAUUA